AUGGCUGUGGUUAUGAAUGUGUUUUUGCAUUUCUUGUGUUUCUCUGCAUCAUUGUAUUCUGUAACUGGCUUGAAUUCUGAUGGGAAAACUCUCUUGUCCAUGCUGAAGCAUUGGACUGUUACACCCCUUUCCAUCAAAUUCAGCUGGAAUGCUGCUCAUUCCAGUCCUUGUUCAUGGGCUGGAGUGAAAUGCGACAACCGCAUUGAUGCUCAGUUUGUGGUUGCUUUGAACCUGUCCAGUUUUGAUAUUUCAGGCUGGUUAGGACCUGAAAUUGCUAACUUGAAGCAUUUGAAAUCAAUUGACUUGAGCUAUAAUCGCCUUUUUGGUUCGAUUCCUCCUGAACUAGGUAACUGUACUCUACUUGAAGAUUUAGAUUUAUCAGACAACAACCUCACAGGAGGAAUACCUCAGAGCAUAGGCAACUUGCACAACUUGCAGUCCUUAACCUUAGGGCAGAAUUCACUUGGUGGCACCAUUCCUCCCUCCAUAUGGAAUAGCACUUCCAUAGAAUAUCUUUGUCUGAAUUUGAACCACUUGGUUGGAUCACUUCCCCGGAGUUUGGAGAAUCUUGAGGAAUUAGUUUACUUGGAUGUCAGCAACAACUUGUUGGAGGGCAAUCUUCCUUCUGUUUUAGGAAACUGCAAAAAGAUGGACACUUUUGUUUUCUCGGAAAACCUAUUCAGUGGAAAUCUUCCAUCUGUUUUUGGAAAUAUUCCACCAGAACUGGGAGGCUGCAAGUCCUUAGUUGAGCUAAGAUUGUAUGAAAACCAACUUGAAGGUGAAAUCCCGGUUGAGCUUGGGAAGCUAAGCGAUUUGGAGGACCUGUAUCUCUUUACUAAUCGUUUGACAGGCAAGAUCCCAACGAGUAUAUGGAAGAUUCCUGGCCUUCGGAAUGUUCUUUUGUAUCAAAAUCAUUUUUCUGGUGAGCUUCCCGAAGAAAUCACAGAAAUGAAGCUGUUAAGGUACUUAUUGCUGUACAGCAACAAGUUCUCGGGAGUCAUUCCACAAGGCUUGGGUAUCAACAGCAGUUUAGAGAUAGUGGAUGUUUCUGAUAAUCAAUUCACAGGAAAUCUUCCACCAGAUCUUUGCUUUGGAAAUCAGUUGAGGGUCCUGUACUUGGGACUGAACAAUAUUCAAGGUAGCAUUCCUCCUGGUGUCUGGAGGUGUUCUAGUUUGAAAAGAUUGAUCCUGAAACAGAAUCAACUCACAGAUGAUGGGAUCACAAUGGAAUCAUUGCUCUUGGGAUUUGUCUGUGGAUUGAUUCUCGGAUUGUUAACGGCCAGUCUAAUGUUCUACACUCAUAAACCAAGAUGGUUUCAUGAAAUUAUUGAAGUGUUAGAGAUAUGUGUUAGCAGCCGAAAACAGAAAAAGAAUUGA